AUGCGGUACAAGAGCACGCGCGGCGGCGUGAAGGACUGCGGCUUCAUCGAGGCCGUGCUCAUGGGCCUCGCGCCCGACAAGGGCCUCCUCGUGCCGCACAGCAUCCCGGAGGUGUCGGCGGCGACGCUCGAGCAGUGGAAGAAGCUGAGCUUCCCCGAGCUGUCGACGGAGAUCAUCUCGCUCUACAUCGACCCGAAGGAGAUCUCCAAGGCCGAGCUCGCGGAGCUCACGCGCAAGGCCUACUCGACGUUCCGGACCGACGAGGUCACGCCCGUCGCGCCGCUCGGCGGCGACUACAAGCUCCUCGAGCUCUUCCACGGCCCGACCUACGCCUUCAAGGACGUGGCGCUCCAGUUCCUCGGCUUCCUCUUCGAGCUCAUCCUCCAGAAGGGCUACGCGAACGGCCGGCUCACGAUCAUCGGCGCGACGUCCGGCGACACGGGCAGCAGCGCCAUCGAGGGCAUCCGCGGCAAGAAGGGCGUCGACUGCUUCAUCCUCUACCCGAACAACCGCACGUCGAAGAUCCAGGAGGCGCAGAUGUGCUCCGUGCCCGACGAGAACUGCCACGCCAUCGCGCUCGAGGACGCGUUCUUCGACGACUGCCAGAAGAUCGUCAAGACGCUCUUCGCGGACCAGGCCUUCCACAAGAAGCACUCGCUCGGCGCCGUCAACUCCAUCAACUGGGCGCGCAUCGUCGCGCAGAUCGUCUACUACUUCUACGCGCAGCUCAAGUUCGACGAGCCCUGCCACUUCUCCGUGCCCACGGGCAACUUCGGCGACGUGCUCGCGGGCUGGUACGCGAAGCAGAUGGGCUGCCCCUGCAAGAGUCUCGUGGUGGCGACGAACGCGAACGACAUCCUCGCGCGCUUCUUCGCCACGGGCACGUACUCGAAGCCGCCGUCCGUCGUCGAGACGGUGACGCCGUCGAUGGACAUCUCCGUGUCGUCCAACUUCGAGCGCUUCGUCUACCACUGCUGCGGCGACGACGACAAAAUCCUCAAGGGCCUGAUGGACACCUUCGAGGCCACGGGCGCGUUCACGGCGUCGCCGGAGCACUGGGAGAAGUGCAAGGCCGAGAUGUACGCGGGCAGCUGCCAGCAGCCGCAGAUCCUCGCGACGAUCAAGAAGUGGCACGAGAAGACGGACUACGUCCUCGACCCCCACACGGCCGUCGGCGUCUACUGCGCCGAGCAGCUCAAGGCGACGCUCGGCCCCGGGCCCGUCGUCUGCCUCGCGUGCGCGCACCACGGCAAGUUCCCGACGUCCAUCGAGAAGGCCAUCGGCGCCGCGACGCUCGCGGAGGUGCCCGAGGAGAAGAACCUCACGGACCUCCUCGACCUCCCCAAGCGCAAGAACGUCCUCGUCAACUCCCUCGACGCCGUCGUCGACUUCGUCGAGGCCAAGGUCGGCGGCGGCAAGCCCGCGGCGAAGAAGGCGAAGAAGUAG